AAUACCAUCAUGCUGCUCCACAUCUUUGGGGCCUUCUUUGGACUGAUGUUAUCAUGGGUCCUGUACAGACAGGGAUCCGAGCAACAGCAUGAGAAAGAGAAAAUUGACCGCAAGACCGGUCUGUUCUCUGUAAUGGGGACUCUGUUCCUGUGGAUGUUCUGGCCCAGUUUUAACUCUGUGCUGGUAGAGGUUGAUCAUCUUGACAGGGGGAGGAACCUGAGAGCUGUCUACAGCACCUACCUGGCCCUGGCAGUCAGUGCCGUCACAGCUGCUGGUUUCUCUGUCCUCACUAGUCCCCAAGGGAAACUCAACCUGUUUCAUAUUCAGAGAUGUACUUUUGCUGGUGGUGUUGCUAUUGGGGUUGCUAUGUCAGCUGUUCAUUUGCCGUGGGUAGCUAUGGCGAUUGGAUUUGCUGCUGCACUGAUAUCAACCUUGGGAUCCCGAUACAUUAAGCCCCUCAUGCUGUUUGCGUUUGAGUGUCAUGACACCUGCGGAGUCCUUAGUGUCCAUGGUCUGCCUGGAAUCCUGGGGUGGAUGGUUCAACUUCUCCUACAGAUUGCUGAMUCUGAUGAUCUCACAACGGCCGUCCGAUUUGCUGUGUUCCACAUUUGCACGCUCCUCAUCACCCUGAGCCUGAGCAUGAUUCUGGGACUCAUCACAGGUUUUCUUCUGAAAUGUGAUUUCUGGAGGCCACCCCAGAACAAGAAAUGCUUUGAUGACCAGGCCUUCUGGGAGUUUCCCCACCUAGCAGGGAAAAGGUGAGAGGUUGGAAAAGAAAAAAGGAACAAGUGUUGAGUGUCAGGAGAGCAAUGAACCAAUGCAUCAUUUCAACCAUACAAUAUUCCCAUGCAUCUUCAGCUUAUUACAUUUUUCAAAAUGUGUAGUAUGUGAAAACUGCACUGGAAUAUGUGAUUGUGAUUAUUUUGUGUUAGUCAAACUUUAAAUAUUAGCCAAGAGAAGAGAGAAACUGGCCUGUGAGAGCUGCGAAUAAAGACUUGUCAUCUCG